AUAAUUCAUUAAUGACCGUUAGUCCCGUGAUACGGAGCAGCAAUACCAAAGCUGCUGAGUAAGGGUCGACAUCACUCAUCCUGCUUGAAUUCUGGUUAUAAUUCGACGCAGGGUACAUAUUAUAUGAAAUUUUGAGUGGGAUGGCCAAAUCUGAUUCAAAAUUGGUAGAGUGGAGAAAUGACGAACAAGAGAUUUCUAAGUUUCAAAAACAUCACGACUUUAUAACAACAAUGCUGAAGGCUGAAUUGCAGAAAAUCAAUUCAAAUAGGACCCAAGAGACCCAGUUACAUGACUAUCAGAUAGAUGCAGUUCUGAGUGCAGGAAAAUACUAGCAAAAUCAAGUUGAUGGUGCUGUUGAAUUUCGCAAGCCUGCCCUUAUCGUGGGACCUACAGGUUCUGGAAAGUCAGGAAUGGUUGUCCUGCUUCCAUUUGUACUUGCAUCGGAGAAAGUAUUUAUCCUAACACCUUCCUGUAUAAUCUCGAAGCAACUAGCGGCAGAUUUCGGGUCUCCGACGGCAAAAACUUCGUUCUUCUUAAAAUGCGGUUUUUUUAACGUUAUUAACAAGAAACUUAAGAACCUGGUGGAUCAACCCCUUGUAACUAGUCCGGACGAGAUAGAUGAUCUUGAGGAGAAUGAGUUGGUCAUUUUCAAUGCCCAAAAAUUUUCUGGAAAAUCCAGACUAAGUCUAUCGAAUCAAGAUUCAAAGGAUGGGGUAGCGAGAAUGUUGAGACAGUUCGAUACUAUAAUUGUAGACGAAGCACAUCAUUAUCCUGCCGCAACUUGGAAUAAUAUUAUUAACGAAUUUGAAGGAAAGAAAGUUGUUUUUUUGACAGCAACACCCUUCCGUGGUUCCGAAGACAAUGACGAGUGGAAGAAGCUCAUUGUAAAAAUGGAAACCGUAUUUGAAAUUGAUCUUUGUAAACUGGAAGGAGUGACGAUUCGUCGAUCGGAGUUUGUCUCUCGAUCCUGUGCAUAUGCUCCGUUUGGACCUAAUUUUCUUUCAAAACUUAAGAUAGACAUAGAGGAAUAUCUUAACCAACAUUAUGCCCAAGAUACAAGAGCAUCGCAAAGGAAACCUCAAGCUAUGUUGCUUGUUAGGAGGAGAACUGAAGCCAUCGCGGUUGCACAAUUUUUGGGUGACGAAGCAACUUACGUAACAUCUGACCGUCAUGGUACGAGAAAUUUGGACGACUUUACAAAGGGUAUUAAAAGAAUCGUAGUUGUAUGUGAGAUACUUCGAGAGGGUUAUGAUAAUCCGAAUGUCACAUUGGUCCUAAUUCUUCGAAAUUGCCAAUCACGAGUACUUUUUGAUCAAUUUUGCGGACGGUGUAUCCGAAUACGACGAGAUCUUACUGGGCAAAAGGUGGACUCUACUAGAGGAACGGUUAUGAGUUAUGAUUGUUUCGGACAAGCAAAAAUGUGGGAUGCACGAAUGAAGAAGUCAGACUCGGAUCCUUGCGAGGAAAGUGAAAGCGACUGAAUUCCUGGUUACGAAAGUAAUUGAGAAGUUCGUUAUGUUGAUAGAGAUAUGCUAGAAAUGGUAAAGUAAUUUGUAAAACUUCAACAAAUAGUGUUGUUAGUUAGAGGCAAUGUACACAAUUAAUAACAAAUUCAUAUUAAUCCAUCUUUGUAAAUAUAGAAUCUGUAACAGUGUUGGGGUUGGGCUAAUGCAUAAGUUACAUAAUUAUUAUGCCUAAAAGUAAAUAAGAAAAUAAAACUCCUGUGUAACAAUAUGUUACCAGUUUAUUUUGAU